AUGUAUUCGUUUACUGCCAAUUUGUGGACAAAUAGCAUUGCGCUAUGUACAAUAAUAGUUACCAUUAUCUACUACUUCUGCAUUUCAACCUUUAAAAAAUGGGAGAAGCUCAAUGUGCCGUACGUAAGACCAAUACCAUUGUUUGGAAACUAUUUGAAUGUAGCUUUGGGAAAAGACCAUGUAUUAGAAUUAUACAAUAAAAUCUAUUACGAGUUCACCGGUCACAAAUACGCAGGACUUUUCCAGAUGAGGACGCCUUAUUUAAUGAUCCGCGAUCCUGAAAUAAUUAACGACGUGUUAAUAAAAGAUUUCUCCUCUUUCCCAAAUCGUGGCAUUUACUCGGACUUUACGGCAAAUCCAUUUUCGAACAACUUAUUCUUCAUGGAAAACCCUCAAUGGAAAAUUAUAAGAAACAAAUUGUCACCAGCAUUCACACCGGGAAAGCUCAAGUCGAUGUACGAUCAGAUCAAAGAGUGUAGUGAUUUAUUAAUGAAGAAUAUCGAUAAAAAAUUAAUGGAAAACAACAACGAAGUAGAAGUAAGAGACAUUAUUAGUAAGUAUUCGAUCGAUGUCAUCGGCAUUUGUGCAUUCGGACUCAAGUUAAAUACCAUAAGUUUUGAUGAAUCCGAAUUUCAUAAAUACGGAAGAAAGCUAUUUGCACCUUCGCUAAGAUUUCUUUUCAGAGAGUUGAGUUUGAUGAUAACCCCUACACUUUUAAAAAUUUUAAGAAUAAAAGAUUUUCCAACAGAUUCGAUGAACUUUUUUUGCAAAACGUUCAAAGAAACGAUGGGGUAUAGACUAGAAAAUAAAAUAGACAGACAUGAUGUCGUUCAUUAUUUAUUGCAAGCAAGAAAAGAUUUAGUUUUGAAUACAAAUUUACCUAAACAUGAAAAGUUUACAGAAACACAGAUUGUAGGAAAUGCUAUAGUAAUGUUUAACGCUGGGUUUGAAACUGUAUCCACUACUAUAAGUAAUUGUUUAUAUGAAUUAGCAUUAAAUAAAUCUAUUCAAGACAGAGUACGCCAAGAAAUUCAACUAAAACUGUCCAAAAAUGACGGACAAAUUAAUCACGAGUUUUUAAUGGAACUUAAUUAUUUGGAUAUGGUUAUAGCAGAAACAUUGCGCAAGUAUCCCUUACUAGUUGCUUUAUUCAGAGAAGCAUCACAAACAUAUCAAAUUCCUAAGGAUUCAUUAAUAAUUGAAAAGGGCCAAAAAAUAAUAAUUCCUAUUUAUGCAUUGCAUUACGAUACACGGUAUUAUACGGAUCCUGAAAAGUUUAUUCCUGAAAGAUUUUCGGCUGAAGAAAAAGCUAAACGGCCGAGAGUUGUUUACCUGCCAUUUGGCGAAGGACCUCGAAUAUGUAUAGGAAAACGUUUUGCAGAGAUGGAAAUUAAAUUGGCUCUUGUUAAAAUGCUAACAACAUUUGAAGUAUUCCCAUGUGAAAAAACAGAAAUUCCAUUGAGUUUUUCUAAUAAAGCCUUGACAUUGAUGCCAAAACAUGGAAUUUGGCUAAAAUUUAAAAGAAUUAAUUAGUCAUAGAUAAUAUUAUACGGAAGAAGAAAAUUUACAUUAUAAUUUAA